UAUCAUGUUUGUAACAGUCAAUCCAUUUAAUUGUAAAUAGCAUAUUAAUGUUAUCUUUUCAUACGUUUGAAUUUGUCUAGUAAAUUGCUAGGAUAAUAAUUGAGUUACAACGAGUCAAAAGUGAUUGUUUCAACGAUCUUCACGUAUUGAAAUCAAGACGAAGAUGCUACAAUUGCAUGAUUUCAUGAGUAGCGCUGAAUUUCUCUGCAGUGUAACUUGUAUAUGAACAUUUGCAUCGGGACGAACGAGACAAAAUUAUUUCGUCUCUCUCUUUUUCGCUGAUAAUACAAAUUCUUUAAAAACAAUAAGUACUCAUAGACCCAUUCAGAAAUUCACUAACUUUUAAUCAACAAUAACAAAAAUAAUCAGCACGGCAUGAUGAAUGUUCAAGAAUUCAUUACUGGACCAACAUGUGCGUACUUAGUACUAGUUGCUUCUUUUGUGGCGUCGCUUUCUUCGCAACACUGCGAGUCCUUCCCACGUCACUAUUUCCAAGUUUUCACUGAUACAUCUGUCCAGGAAGAUCCGCUGUUUACCGAGACUGGGAUCCAGUCGCGAAGCCACUGUCUCAGCGUUUGUACUCGACGAUCUGGAGGGUUCUGUUUGGGGUUCGUCUACAACAAAGAUCAACAGCGAUGCUUGGCAUUCGCCUCUAGACUGGAACCCUUGACCCAAUUACCAGAAGUCGGAUCCGUCGGGUUUGAAGCGACAGCAGAAUGUGAGAAGCCUGAUAUACCCAAUGGAACCGUCACGUAUACAUCACUGGAGGUAAAGAGUGUCGCGUACUACUCGUGCUUGGAAGACUUCAUGUUCGUUGGACUCAGUCAGUCUAGGAUGUGUAACUCGUCUGGAUUGUGGGAUGGUGCUGAUGGUUCCUGUGAACCUGCCGCAUUCUAUAACGUCUCUUCACCUUUUGUAGCACCAAUUCCUGGAACAGUCGGUCCUGGUUGGACAUUCGAAUUCUUAGGCACACCUCUUGAUGAGUCCAGAAUGACAAUCGAUUUGAUGCAUAAAUCAGGUGACGUAGCCUUUGAAUGUGACGUCCGCUUCGACUAUAGCAGAUUUGCCUAUACAGUACUUCGGACCACGUUCUCCCAAAACCGUUGGGGCCCAAAGGAUAUCGACCAACCACAUUUCCCAUUUGCCAUAGGAAGACCAUUUAAUGUGACAAUGCAAGUAACAACUUCUGGAUUUGACGAUACUGUUCAAGUUCAACAUGGUAGCAUGUGUCUCGGCUGUGGCCGACAGACGUACUUCGAUUUGGGUGCUUGGUCCCAAUGGUCUCGAUGUCCGUGUCAUGAUUGAUGCGCAGUUAGGCAGUCAAGUGC